AUGAAUGCAACCCCUCACAAGGAUGUAUCUGAAUCUGUUCGGGAGAGGGAGACCUUCAGGUACUGGCUUCCAUUCCAGCUUGCUCACGUCGUGCAAGACUUCCUGCGACCAGCCCAAGGGACCGAUCGCCUGUCGUCUAUCAGCACCAUCUUGACGGCCCUCACUCAGCUUGGCAUAUACCACGUCGGCGCAGAGCGCGCCUUUGUUUCUCUCUUCGAUUCCGAGUAUCAGUACUUUAUCGCUGAAGCGACUUCUGGCACCUAUCUACGUCCUUCGGUACCCAACCACGAAUACAACGAGGCAUUUCGACUUUGCGGAACGGCUGCUCGUCGAGGCGACGAUGCAUGCGAUUAUACUAUCUUGAACAAGUCGGCCAACGACCCUAACUAUCAGGAUAAUGGGGAGCUCCCUGUCACCGUUGUACCAAACUUGGUAGGCGACGACAGAUUCGCAGCCCGAGCUAUUCCAAUGUUAGGACCUUCCCAUGCCACUUUCUACGCCGCUAUCCCGAUCCGCACCAAACGAGGCAUAAAUAUCGGCGUGUACCAUGUCGUCAAUACGACUACACGAGAGUGGACCCAUGUCAACAGUGAUCGAUUGCGCGACAUUUCUCGUGCCAUCUCCGACCAUCUCGAGACCGAAAGCCUAAAGGCUGUCAACAGGAGGAACGCCCGAAUGAGCAGAGGCAUAGGAUCCUUUAUCGAGGGUGGUUCGACACUCACCGGCUGGCGUCAGGGAUCAAACCCCACCGCCUUUGAGGAUCUUGUUACAUCGGCUGAAGGGAACCUCAAUUCAAACCAACAGACUUUGGAGAGCGACAUGGAGAGUGUCACGUCUGAUGGUCCUCAAUUGGAAGACGAUGAACGGCCAAGACAAGCCCGUCAUACUCAUACUAGAGCCCCGAUAACUCCAGCUGAACGCACAAAGGACAUUAUGUCGGAGAACCGAAGCCUAGCCAACGUCUUUUCAAGGGCUGCCAAUAUCAUCAGAGAGUCUGUCGAGGUCGAGGGCUGCAUUUUUCUUGACGCCACCAUGGCGAGCUAUCGGGUACACAGGGCUAGAACUGCUGGAGGCAAGCCCGGGUCUGUAGGGCAAUCCUCCUCAACAAGUAGCGAUGAUAGUGUUCAUCCCCGAGAGGACGGCAAAAAAGACCACAUUUGCGAAAUUAAGGGCUAUUCUACUUCUAGAACCUCUAGCAUCGACCAUGCUCAAAGUCCCGUGAGCUCGGUAGCGCUGAGCGAAAGGUUCAUGAAGAAAAUGCUGGCCCAAUAUCCUCGAGGCAAGGUCUUCUUGUUCAAUGUCGAUGGAGAGCUUCAAACGUCCGACUCAUCGUCGGAUGAUCCGUCCUCCGGGAUGCGACGGGCAGAAAGUGGCCCAGAAAGCCCGUCGUCCUCGCCAGACAGACAACUGCAACGGAAGCCUUUGUCGCGCCUACGCGAAGGUCGAAUCAUCUCGGCUGCAUUUCCAGGCGCCCGCAGCGUAGCAUUCUUUCCUGUCUGGGACCCCACGAAAGAACGAUGGUGUGCCAGCGGGCUGGUUUACACCAACGCUCCUACGCGCACUUUCACCGUCGAGGGGGAACUAAGCUACCUGCGCGGCUUUGGAACUCUUGCUGCAGUUGAGAUUGCGCGGCUUGAAGCGCUGCAGUCUGCAAAGAUCAAAGCAGAUGCCCUUGGAUCACUCUCUCACGAAUUACGGUCUCCUCUGCACGGCGUGCUGCUGAGCACGGAGCUCAUGGCCGAUACCAAGCUCGACGUCUUUCAGACCAACAUCGCUCACACCAUUGAGACGUGCUCGCGAACGUUACUCGAUACGAUAGAUCAUCUUCUUGAUUAUUCCAGAGUCAAUAAUUUCUCAGAUUCAAACGACAAAGUUACGGGUGGUCAGCCAACGAGCCAUUUCAAUAUUCCCGGCUCAGAGCAUCUGGGCAAAAAGGUUCUUGUGAGCGAUUAUUUAGUCGACGAUCUGGUAGAAGAUGUGGUUGAGAGUGUCUUUGCUGGGUUCAAUUUCCAACACAAAUCCAUCAGUCAGCAUGUUUCUCAUCAACAGCAACUGCCGCCCCGAGGCAGCACCUCACACCAUGCAGACAAUGCGGCCAAUACGGCGUCAGACUAUCUUGAAGCUAUGGACCAGCUCAGCUCUGGAGCCACUCGGCCAACUGGGACGACUUUUAGUUUUGGAAAGAUCACCGUUAUCCUCUCCCUCGACUCGGGGUGUGACUGGCUAUUCCGUUUCCAUGUGGGAGCUAUCCGUCGCAUUGUCAUGAACAUUGUUGGCAACGCGUUGAAGUAUACACCUGAGGGGACUAUCACCAUCUCGCUCACUCAGCAGGUCUCUACUGUCAGGCGUCGCAGGCCGGAACAGGUUGUUUGUUUCAUGGUCAAAGAUACAGGCAAAGGUAUUGGCCAAGACUAUCUCCAGAGGCGAAUUUUCAAGCCCUUCAGUCAAGAGAAUGAUCUGUCCCCAGGGACCGGCAUUGGGCUGAGCCUUGUCAAACAAAUUGUCAAGCAAUUCCGAGGCCAGAUAGCGAUUGAAAGCCAAGUUGGUGUCGGUACAACAGUUACUGUUCUGCUUCCCCUCGAGAGACCCAAAUCGCCCAGAGUUCCAUCUGAUUUCUCGGGGGCUCAAACCAGGUUCAAGGAUCAAGUCCAGGAUCUGGCAGGACUUUGUGUGCGAAUCGUAUCUAGCCCCAAUCACAGCUCUGCCCUGCGAGAUACUUUGGAUCAUACCUGCAGAGAAUGGCUGAAGCUUGAGCUUAUAGCGGAAGAUGACAACUCGAGGAACCCAGAUCUCAUACUCUGGACCCAGGAUGCUUUGCCGGCUAUAACACAGUACACGGAUUCCCUUGCUCUGAUUCCAAAUGUGGUUAUAUGCCAGGAUGCCCUCGCCGCCUACGAAAGAAUGAUGGAUUCGCAUGCGGCCGGCUGGAAAGGUGUUUUCGAGUUUGUAUCGCAGCCGCUCGGUCCAAGAAAACUUGCAAAGACCUUGUCACUCGCCUACAGUCGUUGGACAUCGGAUGAGGAGCCUCACGCCACUCCGCCCGUCCCCGGCAGUAGCACGCCAAUGAUGACUCAGCGCCCGGCGCCCGGUCGAAAUGCGAGCUAUUCGUUUCCUCGACAAGCAAACCCGGACGACACCAGUCGUGCAGUACCAAUCCCAGAGCCUCUUAGCGGUACGGUUGCAAAUGAAGGCGCUGCUAGUAGUACGGCCGUGGAAGCGUCGACAGAACAAGAGCCGAUCGCUCCUGAUGACACCCCGAAAAUACUGUUAGUCGAAGAUAAUCACAUAAACCUGAAGAUCCUCGCCGCAUACCUGAAAAAACUCAAGAUCAGAUACGAAAAAGCCAUCAAUGGAAAGGAGGCAGUGGAGAAAUACACACAGUCACCAGGAGACUUUGACUGUAUUCUGUCAGACAUCUCAAUGCCAGUAAUGAACGGGUUUGAGGCGGCGAGAUUAAUCAGGGCUUUUGAGAGCCGUCAGGGAAUUAAAGAGGGUGUUUUGAUGUUUGCAAUAUCUGGCCUAGCUACAGAAGAGGCACAAAAAGAGGCACGCGGAAGUGGAUUUAAUAUGUUUCUUUCGAAACCAGUGAAGCUCCACGUGUUAGGGGAGAUACUUAAAGCUAAAGGUAUUUUAAAACUCUAG